AGCGCUCGCUGAUUGAGACGAAUUAGUCAAACGGACUUCGACAGCCUCCACAUCUGCACGAACAUGGCCAAACUCUUCGUUGUUGCUCUCAUCGCCCUUUUCGCCCUCCAGGGCUCUUUGGCCAAACCCAAGGCCAAGCAAGCCGAGAAGUCGCCCCUGGAGGAGCUGGCCCGUAACACCGAGACCCUCGUCAACAACGUCACGCAAACCCUCGGCAUCAAAGAGCUGCCAGAUUCCAAGAAGGUUGUCGAAAUCCUCAACACCAACGCCCAGACUUUGGCCAACCACGUCCAGGAAAUCGUCGACAAGCUCAAAGGCGAAGUCAAGGCUCACCAGGGCGAAAUCGACAACGUCAUCCGCCAGGUCGAACAGAAGCUGAGCGAAACCGCCGCCAACUUGCAGCAAGCCGCCGGACCCGAGGCCACCGCCAAAGCCAAGGAGUUGAAGAAGAACUUGGACGAUGGGCUGAAGAACGCCGUCGCCCAGGUCGAUAAGCUGGUGAAGGCGAUCGAGCCCGACGCGACCAAAGCUAAGACUGAUAUCCAGAACGCCGCCCAGACUCUGUUGAACCAGAUCACCGAAGUCAGCCAGAACUUGCAGACUCAGGUUAAAGCCAGCAUUGCCGAGCACGAGAAAACGCAUAAACACUAAAUGAAAUGUAUUGUCGGCGAUUUUGCCAAAGUUUAUAUUUAGGGCUAUGGAUUAUUUUAAUUAUUAACUGAAAUAAAUAUUUUUACAAAGAGA